AUGACGGAUCCCUACACCAAUUUCUUCAGAGGCUACUUCAAUUACUAUCCUUUCUCAUCCAAUCCCUCUCUGCCUCCUCCACUGGCUCACCCCUCCUACAGCUUCUGCGCAGGCAAUUACACCCACGGCUACACCAUCAACCCCUCCGGCCACUCACCGCCGUCCUCCCCUCCUCUGAGGGAGGCUCUCCCCCUUCUCAGCCUCAGCCCGACCAGGCACCACGAUGACUCCUGCAGCGCCUUGGAGGAGAGUAUCGGCGAUGACAAGACUAAAGAUAUGGAUGGUGACGAUGAUGCCGUUACCGUCGCUCUUCACAUAGGUCUCCCGAGUCCCACCGCUGCCGAUCUGAUCUCAAGAGUUUCCUCCACCACAGAGGCCGUCGACAACGAAGCCGACGGCGUCGACGAUGGGAUCUCUACAGGUUAUCCCACUACCGCAAUAGGAAGGCUCAACAAGGGUCAGUACUGGAUCCCCACACCUUCUCAGAUCCUCAUCGGCCCUACUCAGUUCGCUUGCCCUGUCUGCUGCAAGACUUUCAACAGAUACAACAACAUGCAGGUAACAUAAUUUUUCCCCUUCCUCCCCCGGCGCAUCUCCCUCUUGUUUUGAAAAUUGUUUUCGGCCUUCGAUUUCUGCAUGGCAUAUUGUUAUCAAAAGAUGAAUCCGAGGAGAGGUGUGAGUACAAGUUCCUCUCUCUCUCUCUCUCUCUCUCUCUCUCUCUCUCUCUCUCUCUCUCUCUCGCUCUCGCUCUCGCUCUCUCUCUCCUCUCUCUCCUUCUCUCUCUCUCCCUCCCUCCCUUCUCUCUCUCUCUCUCCAUCUCUCGGUCUCCCGCUCUUAUGUCGAUUGAACCAUACAGCAGCAGUAUUCCUUAUUGCUUUUGAAAAUUUUGAAGUUUGUGCUGUGCAUUGGCAGUGUGUGGAAAACUGGAGAGAUUUUCCGGUGCUCUCAGAAGACGUCACAUCUGAUUUCUAAGAAACAUCUCUCUAAUUGUUCUGUUCUUGUGACCUGACCCAUAAGAACAUGGAGUGAGAGGGAGAGAGAGAUGAAUCUACCCUCGCUUGUCUUAUGGACGGCUGACUGACUCCUGUAUAAAUCCUCCCUUUCGAAUGGUAAUGUGUCAGAAAAGGCAUCCUUUUCGUUGAUAUCCCUAGAUUGCAUGCUGUUUUUUUCUUAUAAUUUUAAGAACUUACCGACUGUACCUGUCGACAACAGUUCUCAUCAGCAACACGCCGUAAAAAGAAGUGCCGUUUGUCAUCAGCGUGCACCCAGAAGCCCCACAUCAUAAGAUUCCAUAACCUUCUUCUCAUCGUCAAGCCCCAACCAUCGGCUGCAUAGUUAUCUCACCCAAUACCGGCAGGACAAGAAUGAGAAGACCCAUUGAGCCUUUUCUUCCACAGAAUCAAACUCACAAUAAAUAUGAUGACGUUUCCUAGAUCGUCCUGCUCUUCUUGAUUCCCAUCUUUUCGUGACAAAUGCAUGGGGGAAGACAAGUCACUGUUUGAUCGCUCUCUGUGUGUGGAUACGAGUAAGGUUUUAUAUCCGAAAAUGAGAAGAUUCCUGGAGGAACUCAUCUUUGAUAUCAUCUAGUAGAAGUAAUACCAGGACAUACAGGAUCGUCCAGUCCUUGGUCUCCAUUCCUCACGUAGUCGGUGCAUUCGGUGAUUGUUCUCACUAGUUGAAUAAGACUGAAACUUUAGUGUAAUGGCUGAGUAUUUUCUCGGGUGUAACAACAGAUGCACAUGUGGGGGCAUGGAUCUCAAUACAGGAAGGGCCCGGAGUCUCUCAGAGGAACCCAGCCGACGGCGAUGCUUAGAUUACCCUGCUACUGCUGUGCACCGGGCUGCAGGAACAACAUAGAUCAUCCAAGAUCGAAGCCAUUGAAGGAUUUUCGGACCCUUCAGACCCAUUACAAGAGGAAGCACGGGAUAAAGCCGUUCAUGUGUCGGAAGUGCGGGAAGGCGUUCGCCGUGAAAGGCGACUGGCGGACACACGAGAAGAACUGUGGGAAGCUCUGGUACUGCAUCUGCGGGUCAGAUUUCAAGCAUAAGAGGUCCCUCAAGGACCACAUCAAGGCCUUCGGCCAUGGGCACGGCGCCUACGGGAUAGACUGCUUCGAGGAGGAAGACGACCCCUCGUCUGAGAUCGAACAUGACGGUGAUCAAGCUCGUUGA